AUAACAUUGAUUUUUUGCAAAUAUUUUUGUUGUGAAGACAGUGUAAAGUUUCGUUUAAAGCUAGACAUGAUAAUUUUUUUUCUUUUUUUCAUUUGUUGUUUAAUAAAGGGAAGAAAUGGAAUUCCUCCUGUUGAUGUUUAUGUUCACUGCCGUGAACCGUGUCCAAACAAAACGACCUAUUACGUCAGUAGUACCCAAGUUGAGUUUGUCCGAGCUUUUGUAUUAUGUAAAGAAAGGGACAUGGAUUUAGCUUCAAUUAUGUCGGAGAAAGAGGAACUUGCUUUAAAGAAACAUAUGGAAGGAACAAGUAAACAAGCUGGCCCGCACAACGGAUUUUGGUUGAGCGGCACAAGAUGGGGUAGUGGUUGAGCCGAUUUUGUUUGGUUUAGUACUGGACAACCCAUUGUUUAUAGAAAAUUUGCUCAGGGUCAGCCAGACAACGCUGGAAAUAACGAACCAUGUGUUCAGCUAGUAUAUAAUAAUGAU